CGGAGCUGUAUGAAAGUCUAAUUAAACCUCAUCCAGGUGUAAUGGGGGAUCCUCUGUCUUUGAACCCACAUGUCGUGGGCGGAACAUUUCUGUCCUCUGGAUUUUAAUCGGAUGAUUCUGGUCCACAAUUUGGCUUUAAAUCGGACAGCUAAACUGGGCAUCCAUCCAACCCAUAUACCCGAACUCUAUUAUAAUUGGUAAAAGUGAAGUCAUAAUUGGGUUUCCAAAGUCUUUUCUGUAAUUAUGGAACACAGAGUUUUCUCUGCUCAUCUUCUUCAUCCCAUAUAAACCCUUCUUUCUGACCUCUUCUUCUGACUAUUCUUAAAUCUCUCCUUUUCUUUCUGAUAAAUUAAAUCAUCUUCUGCCCUUUUAUAUUUUUGGGCAUUAGGAUGAUAGCCAAGCAGCACCAUUCUUCCCAUUUUCCUUCUCCUUCUUGUUUCCGGCCUAGUAAUUCCGCCGCCUCCGGCGGCGGCGGGGGGAGCCGGUCAUCGAAAGUGGCACCGCCGAUUCCGGCGGCUCCCACGCUUGCUACCUCCCUUUACCACACUGAUUUGGGCAUCAUUGCCGUCACAUGGUCCCGCAGCAUGCUGGGUCGGUCCUUCCACCUCCAUUUCUCUCUCGACGAUCCUCCGCCCGACGCGGCGGAGGAUGAUGACGGGGUCAGUACGCCGGCGGUUGCUUCUCUCUCCGCCACUCCGUCGUUCCACCUCCACAUCAAGCCCUUCGUCUUCUGGAAAAAGCAGGGAUCUAAACGGCUUCAAAUCAGCUGCGGCGGAAAAAUCAGGAAUGGGCACAUAUUCUGGGAUCUUUCGAGAGCGAAGUUUGGAUCCGGGCCCGAGCCCAGAUCCGGAUUCUUCAUCGCCGUCAUCAUCGACGGCGAAAUCGUCCUCCUCGUCGGAGAUUCACAAAAAGAAGCGUAUUCCAAAACCCGGGCGCGAAUCCCGGGUGAAGGGGCCGGCCCGGAUCAAACCAUGGUGCUGAAGAGAGAACACGUCUACGGCAGCAAACUGUACGUCACGGAGGCCACCAUCGGCGGGAAACACCGGAACAUUUGCAUCGAGUGCCGGAUCUCCGGCGACGACCCGAGGCUCUAUUUCUACGUGGAAAACAAAAGGGUCCUUCAAAUUAAGCAUUUAAAGUGGAAAUUCAGAGGGAACGAGAGAAUCGUCAUCGACGGUUUCCCGAUCCACAUCUCCUGGGACGUCCACAACUGGUUAUUCGAGGACGACGACGACGGCUACGCUCUGUUCAUGUUCAAAUUCGAGAACGAGAGCUUCGAAGACGGCGGCGGAGACCAUUCACGAGCCGGGAAAGCGGUGAAAAGCUGCGGAUUCGGGUUCGAGACGAAAAUGAUGAAGAAGGGGUUGUUGAGGACGGCGAGAAGUUCGUCGUCGACUUCUCUGUCGUCGGCGUCGUCCAGCUGUAGUUCGGUGAUAGAGUGGGCCAGCACGGAAGAGAACGAGCUGAAGGGCCCCACUGGAUUCUCUUUACUGGUGUAUGCUUGGAAAAGUUAAAUUAUUUGUGUUUAUCGAAAAUUCAAAAAUCAAUUCUUUUUUGCUUUAAAUUUUCAGUCUUGAUUUACGAGUAAACGAAAAUCAAAAGUUACCCAUUCUUUGCAAAUACUUCGUAUAAGGUUGAUCACGUCGUACCUUUCUCAUUAUAAAUUCAAUGGAAUUAUAAAAUAUUUAUGAUAUGGAUCUAGUUUCUUCUAAAUUUGUGAAGUAGAAUUUAUUGAAAUGAAUUUCAUAUGUAUUAAAAUAACUAUAAGUAUUGUACUUGAAAGAAAUAUACACACUAUGAAUUAUUAUGUACAUCAUAUUACCAAUUGCUUAUUUAUAGAUCAAGUU